UUCACCCAGCAUUUAACGAAACACACUUAUUUUCAGACAAAAAGGCCCACGACCAGGAGCCCAUUCCGCGUUGGAAUUCACAGGCGCACAAGGCCUCCGCCGACCACAACAUUCACACAGGUAACGACACUGCGACCGACUAAACCUGCCAGCAGAAAAUACCUACAGCCGCAAACCACUAAGGCGUUAGAAAGUCAAGACUCCACGACCUCGCCACCAAAGAUAAAUAGUCGCUUCAGAUUCGUGUCGAGAAAACCCAUAAGGACUAGACCUACGACCCAAAGCAAAACAUCCAGCGAAAGCACCGAUCAAACUAUAGAAUCAAGUAACCAGCAAUCACUGGAGGAACACGUGAACAGUGGUGAGACCACAGAACUGGGAGACAUUGCGAUUGCCCUUCAUAAUGUACAACAAGCGCCAGCACCAAGUAAAACAACAACAACAACCAAGAGACCGAAAGCUCCUGUAAGAUAUACAAGUACGCCGGUUUCAUUGCAGAGAAGCACAAUCGUGUUGAGAAAUCGAGAAAGAAUAUCGACAACUGUGGCACCGUCGACCGUCACCACACCGAGGUACGUUGUGAAGAAACGACGCCCCCAGGCAUUUGACAAGAUCAGUCCAUCGAACACAAACACAUUCAAGCCUUUAUCUGAAUAUGACUACUAUGAUGAUGACGUAGGAAUAUUGGGGACAAUACCGGAACACAGCAAAGUACUUCUGCAUAGUAACGGAGUAAUAGAAUGUUUGGACCAAGGGAACUUCCCUCAUCCUGUCUCAUGCAAAAAAUUCAUUUCUUGUGCGAAGAUGGAAAAUGGUAGGGUGUUAGGCUGGGAAUACACGUGCCCGAAGAAUUUGAGUUUUGACCCAAUUGGUGGUAUUUGCAAUUGGUCAGCGGGCUUAGGAUGUCACGAACAAUAGUAAAAUUAAAUUCUAAAAAAAUGUUUUGACUUCAGUAUCGAAUACAUUUUU